CCAGCUCUAAAGGCAGCCCGGGGACCCAGGGGCGCCUGUCUGCAGCGUGCAAAGCCUGGGAGGGUGGGGCAAUUGUGGUUUCCUCCGGGCCCCGCAGGAGCCAGGCGUGCCAGCCCAGCCCGGGGCGUCGUGGGGCCUCGUCCACUCAGGCAUGGAGGAGACAGCCGUGCGGCCCUCGGUGUUCGUGGUGGAUGGACAGACAGACAUCCCGUUCACGAGGCUGGGGCGCAGCCGCCGAAAGCAGCCCUGCAGUGCUGCCCGGCUGGGCCUGGGCCUCCUGCUGCUGCUGCUGGCGGCCGGCCUGGCGGUGCAGGGCUGGUUCCUCCUGCAGCUGCACUGGCGCCUGGAGGCGGUGAUCAUCCCUCUGCAGGACAGACGUGCGGGAUCCUGGGAGCAGCUGGUGCAAGGCCCCACAGAUGGCGGAGAAGCAGAAGUUUGGGGCGCUCCGGAAAGGGCAGGGCUGACACCGGGAGAUGGACUUGCUGACCUCUCUGGGUGCUGGCCCUUGCCCCCACCACUGCCUUCGCCUCUGACCUCCGACCCUCUCUCCCCAGAGCGGAGGACCCAGCAAGCCAACCCCGCAGCACACCUCACAGGUGCAGCUGGGCGGCGUGGGCUGCCCGCAGGGCCUGACCGGCGGCCUGCCCAUCACCCACGGCCUCUACAAGCGCACGGCGCGCUACCCCGAGGAGCUGGAGCUGCUGGUCAGCCGGCGGUCCCCCUGCGGGCGGGUCAGCAGCUCCCGGGUCUGGUGGGACAGCAGCUUCCUGGGCGGAGUGGUCCACCUGGACGCCGGCGAGGAGGUGGUGGUGCGCCUGCCGGACGAGCGCCUGGUCCGGCUCCGCGACGGCACGCGCUCCUAUUUCGGGGCGUUCAUGGUGUGAAGGAAGGCGCGGUGGUGACUGGAACGGGGGAGACCUCAGAGGGUGCCUCGGGAGACCGGCAACCCAACAAGCGGAGAUUUUGCAGCGUGCCCAUGGGAACCCCAAACUCAGCAGGUGCAGCGCUCAGUGGGGACCACCGGGGGCAAGAACCCGGCCACCUAAGAAGUUAAAGACCCAGCCGGCACUUCCGGAGAACCAAAGGGAACUGCAGACCCCACCAUGCUCAGCACUGCAGACCCCGACCCGGAGACUUAGGGGACUGCUGGCCCCCAGGCAGGGGUGAAGCUCAUCUGCCUGAUAUUCAGGAAGAAGGGGUGAGGGGUGGGUAUUUAUACUUCCGACUCAGAGGACAGCGGGACUUGGGGGCCCAGGGACUUGGCAGUGGGCAGGAAACAGCAUCCUCCCCACUCUCUCAGUGUGGGCGGGGUGGUGCCCGGGAGGGAGAUUUAUCAUCAACACUCACCCACGUGGGGAGCCCCGCCCCGCCCCGCCCCGCCCACGGUCACAGUCACAUACCCCAGCCCCAGCCACGCGCUGUGGCCGCGUCUCCACCUGGCCACAAAGGUCCACUCAGAGACACAGUCACCGCGAUGUGCUGGCUGAUGGGGUGCUGCGACUGGCUCUUGCGAGAGUGGAGACGUUCUGUAGUGUUUGCCUGUAUCCAGGAGGCAAACAGUCCCACGGAGGCUGGUUUCUGGCUACUGUGUAAAUCGUCACCCGGCUGGCUGUGUGCUGGCACUGCGAAGCGCUCAGAUUCCUCCAGGACACCGUGGCUAUUUCGGCACCCAAGCCAGAUCCUGGCAUCAGGCACUUGGAAAAUGUCUGCAGAAAGAAAAAGAGAAAAAAGGAAGGAAGGAGGGAGGGAAGGUGAGGGAGGAAAGAAAGAAAGACAGAAAUAUAGAAAGAAAGAAAGAGAGAGAGAAAGGAGGGAGGGAGGAAGGAAGAGAGAGAGAAAAGAAAGAGAAACAAAGAAAAAGAAAGAAACCACCUCCAUCACAUAUGUGAAUUUAUAUCUUAGUAAAGCUGUCUUUUUAAAAUACUUUAUUUCCUAUUAAUUGCUGAACAGUCUUUCCUAGUGCACACAUACCACAGUUUGUUUAAACAUUCACUCACUGAAGGACAUUCAGAUCUGUGUCCAGUUUUUGGCUAUUAUGAUAAAACAAUGAUUGCUUGGAAAAAAAAAAAAAAAAGAAAGAAACCUUCAUCACAGCUCCAGCAUCACGGAGAAUCACAUCUCCAU